AUGCAGUGCGAAUUUUCUGUCCAAUCGGCCAUCUGCGGCGCCGCAACAUAUAUGCUCUCUUUUGUCUUUGGUAUAUUUACGGUGGUGAUGCUCUUUGAUCAAUUAGGAAGUAUCCUCUCUAAUACGACAGGUAUUGAAUCAUUAAAGAAAAUAAAAGGAGAAAAGAAACCCUCUAUACAACUUCUACAAGAAGUGUUUGGAGGUCCAUGGGGGUUUUAUUGUCCUGCUGCUGCUGCUGCAGCAGGAGGAGGAGGAGGAGGAGGAGGUACAGCAGCAGGAGGAGGUGGAGGAGGGACUCCUUCCUCCUCAUCCUCCUCUUCAUCAGCAGCAGCAGCAACAGCAGCAGCAGAAGCAGCAGCAGCAAGUGUCUCCUCUUCUUAUCCAUUUAAUUAUAGAGGAGACUUGUCUUGUCUCCCUCAUACAACAAGAAGAGGAAAAAGCCCGCAUGCAGAGGAGACACCUCUAGAGGAUACAGCUACUAUGGGACAAGGAGGAGAGACAAGUAUAACUUUGCUGCCUUCUGCUGCUGCUGCUGCAGCAGCAACAGCAGCAGGAGGAGCAGCAGCAGGAGAAGGUGUAUCCUUUUAUCCUUUACAACCUAUACGGGCUGCAGAUACACCCGAGAAGGGGACAGUGUCUUAUAAUAGUACAUGGGGACAAACAGCAGCAGCACCAGCUGCUGCUGCACCUGAUGCUGCUGCUGCUGCUGCUGCAGCAGCAGCAGCAGCAAAUAGUGAUAAUAUUUAG